GGGCGGGAGCGCGGGCGCACCCGCGGGCCACUGCCCCAAACGGUUGCGCUGGGCUCGCGGCGCGGGACCCCGAGCACCGCAGCCUCCGCCACCGCGAGAGCCACUUCACCUCGGUCGUCGGGGCUCCCUGGGCAGCCGAGCCCCGCCGCGCUAGCUCCGGGCGGGCUCACCCUCCGCGCGGGACAGGGGGGUGCGGCGCGCAGUCCCGGCGCUCUCCUCGCCUCGCCGCCGCGCUCGGCCCGGGCCCCCCCCUCGUGGCGCCGGCAGGUGGAGGCGCCCCGUGCCCCGCUCCGCAGCCCCCUCCCGCCGCGCGCCAGCCCGCGCGGGCGCAACUUUCUUAAAGGGACAGGUAGCCCGAAUCCGCGUCCACCUGGGGCCCCGUCUCUGCCUCCAGGCUGGUCCCGCGCUUUGGGGGAGAAAGGGGGCUGCCACAGAUCUCUCCGCCCGCCCGCCCGCCUCGUUUGUCCCAGGCCAGGGACAGAUUACAAGUUUUAAUACACCCAGUCUCCUUUUGCAAACUUAAUUCCCUUGGCCGAAAUCACCCUCCCGCUGCUCCUCAACGCAUGCUCGCGGGCGUGCAGUUGUUACUGUUGGCAAAGUUUGAAGAGGGGUGUCCCUACCGCUUAACUCCUCUGGCCCAUCCCCCUCACACACACACCCAGAACCCCGGAGCGUGGAAGGCUCGCGGCUGCUGGGAAACACCCGCUGCAAUCCCCUUGACCCUGCCCUGUAACUGACCCUUGGGGAAAAGCCCCCCGCACUGCUACUGCGCAUGCUCUGAGCUGGACAGCUCCAGAGAGGGAAAUUUAAAAACGGUUCGAGCUGCGACGGCGGCCAAAUUGCGGAACGCGAGGGGCGAGCGCGAGGGAGCCCCCCUCCGGAACCCCUGCCCGCCCCAGGAGCGCCGGCAGCGGCGGCCCCGCGAGGAUCGGCUUCAGGAGAUGAUAGAAAGUGACAUCUCAUCUAUAAUGUCAGGAAUUAUUCGAAACUCAGGGCAAAAUCACCACCCCUCUCCACAGGAAUACAGGCUUCUGGCCACCACUGGCGAUGAUGACCUCCCCGGGGACCUGCAGUCGCUGUCGUGGCUCACGGCAGUGGACGUGCCUCGGCUGCAGCAGAUGGCAAGUGGCCGCGUGGACCUGGGCGGCCCCUGCGUGCCACAUCCACACCCAGGUGCCUUGGCUGGGGCAGCCGACCUUCAUGUGGGAGCCACUCCAAGUCCCCUUCUCCAUGGCCCAGCAGGCAUGGGCCCUCGAGGCAUGCCAGGUCUGGGCCCCAUAACCAGCCAUGGAGACAGUCAGAUGAGCCAGUUCCCCGUGGGGACCCAGCCCUCAUCUGGCCUGCAGGACCCGCCACCUCUGUACUCGCCUGCCACCCAACCACAGUUCCCGCUCCCCCCGGGCACCCAGCAGUGCCCUCCUGUGGGCCUCUAUGGCCCCCCAUUUGGGGUGCGGCCCCCAUACCCCCAGCCCCACAUGACUGUGCAUUCGUCUCAGGAACUGCACCCCAAACACUACCCCAAGCCCAUCUACUCGUACAGCUGUCUGAUCGCCAUGGCUCUGAAGAACAGCAAGACAGGCAGCCUGCCUGUGAGCGAGAUCUACAGCUUCAUGAAGGAGCACUUCCCCUACUUCAAGACAGCUCCCGACGGCUGGAAGAACUCUGUGCGACACAACCUGUCUUUGAACAAGUGCUUCGAGAAGGUAGAGAACAAGAUGAGUGGCUCCUCCCGCAAGGGCUGCCUGUGGGCUCUGAACCUGUCCCGCAUUGACAAGAUGGAGGAGGAGAUGCACAAGUGGAAGAGGAAGGACCUGGCCGCCAUCCACCGCAGCAUGGCCAACCCCGAGGAGUUGGACAAGCUGAUCUCUGACCGACCUGAAAGCUGCCGGCGCCCAGGCAAACCGGGGGAACCAGAGGCUCCCGUGCUGACUCACGCCACCACAGUGGCCGUGGCGCAUGGCUGCCUGGCUGUCUCGCAGCUCCCACCCCAGCCACUGAUGACCCUGUCCCUGCAGUCAGUUCCCCUGCACCACCAGGUCCAGCCCCAGGCACAUCUUGCUCCAGACUCUCCAGCACCGGCCCAGACCCCGCCACUGCACGCCCUGCCGGACCUGAGCCCCAGCCCGCUCCCCAACCCCGCCAUGGGAAGGGCUCCUGUGGACUUCAUCAACAUCAGCACCGACAUGAACACCGAGGUAGAUGCCCUUGACCCCAGCAUCAUGGACUUCGCUCUGCAGGGGAACCUGUGGGAGGAGAUGAAGGACGAGGGAUUCAGCCUGGACACACUGGGCACCUUCGGAGACUCCCCACUUGGCUGUGAUCUGGGGGCCUCAGGCCUGACCCCUGCCUCGGGUGGCAGCGACCAGUCCUUCCCAGACUUGCAGGUGACAGGUCUCUACGCAGCAUACUCUACCCAGGACAGUGCGGCCGCAUCAGGCACCGGCUCCUCCUCCCAGUGCCUGGGUGCACAGGGGAACAAGCCCAUAGCCCUGCUUUGAGCUCAUGGCCUCACCUGCCCCGGAACCCCGGCACCCGGCUUGGGCAGAGAACUGACUGGAACAGGGUGUUCCCCGUAGCCUCUCCUGGGGGUAAGUUGCCAGCUGGACAGGGAAGCAGUUCCCCUCCAUGGCCCCCCUCCUUCUCCUCCCUCCCACUGGAGCUUCUGGGGCAGCUUCUGGGGCUCUUCCAAGUCAGAAGGACAGAGGAAGACAAAUAAGCAACCCAGCAUCCCUCCUUCCCUUGCCACUUCUCCAAGGCCUGGACCACAAGGCCUGACCAUGUUGAGUGAGACUUCUCCAUCCUGGUUCCUGGCUGGGUGACCUCCAUGACCUGCACCCCAUUUCAGGACACCUUGGUGCAUUGAGGAAACACCUUGGGGUGAAAGCCCUUGAAUUCAUCCUUCAAUGAAUGAUGAAUUCAUUGAUGAAACCUCAGCCGCAACCUUCAGAGUCCAGGGUGGGGAGUGGAGCUGGAGAACCUGAGUUCUGAAAUGGGAGCCUGCCUAGGUGGCCUCCAGCCCCACCUUUCCAAUAGUCUGUUAGAAUUUUAGUAGAGCAGAUUCCUGGGCCAUGCCGGGCACCAUGACCAUGUGUAAAUUUAUUUAUAUUUAUUGUGGCCUGUCCACCCCCCAUCUGCAAACCCAACCCGAGGCCCCUGGAAUGAGAUUCCUGUCCCUCCCUCCCUCCCAGCCAUCCUAACUCCUACAGGCCAGCGAAUGACAUCUCUAACUGGCUGGUCAUCCCUUGGCAGCCUGGGACUCCUUUUUAGAACCAGCAAGCACUGUUGAUACUGUGACACAUCCUAUUUUUCCAUACUAGAGACUACAUAUUUUUCUAACUGUUCAUGAUUCACAUCUCUUCCUGCAUGUACCUGAGGGGCGGUGCCAUCGUUUGGGGGCUUGGGUGGCUUUCAAAGGGCAAAAUGCGACGUCAGAGGGAGGAACAGGAGGGCUGGUGCUUUUGUACUGGGAUUUAAAGCACUCCUGAAGGAAUGAAAGCAAACUGAACCAUGGAAAGCUCGAACCAUGUGGUGAGUGGAGGCGGACAGCACCGCAAUGCAUGAUGUUUAUUGGUUCCUCGCCUCUCUGCCCUGCAGCUGUUUUUAUGUUUCUUUUUCUCUUGUUGCUAAUUACUGAGUUUCCAACUGGCAAGUUCUGCAGAUAGCUGGGUUAGAGGGGAGACAGGUGAGAGAGCUGGGCAAAGAGAAGGUGAAAAAUGCUCUCCCAGCAAAGUUGAGACAGAACACUGGGGAAGCUGCAACCUCACAUACCAUCCCCUCUUUCCACAAGAUGGAAGUAGACUCUGUCUGGGAGUUCCCGAACCCUAGAGCCAGGAUGCUGUUUAAUCAAUAGCUCAGCCAGCUGCCUGGGAGGCUUUUGGCAUCAAACACCACCCUGAAGGGCGAGCUUUAAGUCCUUCCCAGUUCUGGAACUUUCCACCGAGUAUCCACCACCCUUAGACACACUCCUAGUGCUACCUGUCCAACCCGCACUGCCCAUCUGCCUUGUGUGACGUGCCCCCGAGGAGAUGUUGAAAUGGUUGUUCAUCAAGACUCUGCGUUCGGGCAGCAGCAAGACUGUAAGUGUAGAAUUGAUUUACUCUUCUGUCAAUAAAGCCUGAAUGG